GUGGGGGCGGAGCCUGGGCCGCGUCCCGCCCCCUCCCUCAGCCCCCAGCGGCCGCCAAGCCCCGGGGAGUCCCUCCAGCGCGCGCCGCGGAGCCCGGAGCCUCCUGCGGACACUCGGACCCGGCCAUGCCGCCCCUGCCGCCCCUGCUGUACCUCUGCGUGGCUGCCGUGCACCUGGCGAGAGCCGGAGAUGUCCCCGCCACCGAGGAGCCCCCGGGGACCGCGUGGAGCCUCGAAGGCGGGAGGUGGCGCCCCGGCCAGGCCUCGCCAGCCCCGGAGGACUGGAGAGAGGCCGGCGAGUGGACGUCCUGGUUCAACGUGGACCACCCGGGCGGCGACGGCGACUUCGAGACGCUGGCCGCAAUCCGCUUCUACUACGGGCCGGCGCGCGUGUGCCCGCGGCCGCUGGCGCUGGAGGCGCGCACCACGGACUGGGCCCUCCCGGCCGCCGUCGGCGAGCGCGUGCACCUGAGCCCCGCGCGCGGCUUCUGGUGCCUCAACCGCGAGCAGCCACGUGGCCGCCGCUGCUCCAACUACCACGUGCGCUUCCGCUGCCCAAUCGAGGCCGCAUGGGGCGCCUGGGGGCCGUGGGGCCCCUGCUCGGGGAGCUGCGGACCCGGCCGUCGCCUCCGCCGCCGCCGCUGCCAGGAGCGCGCUGGAGACGCCUGUCCGGGGCGUCCCCUGGAGGCGCAGAAGUGCGUGCGGCCGGAGUGCCCAGGGUGCAGUCCCGACACCUGCGGAUGCCCCGACCAUGUCCUCCUGGGCACAGUGGUCACCCCGUCUGGUCGGCUGCUGCCAGGGGCUCAGGUCUCUGUGCAAGGCUGGCCUGAUGCCAUGACCACCAGCGAUGCCCACGGAAUCUUCCGGGUGCCCGGUGUAUGUGCCGGCAGUGGGGUCAACGUCAGCGCCCAGAUGGACGGCUUCUCCACAGGCAUGGCCCAGGCUCAGGCCAACGGCUCUGUCUCUGCCGUCGUCUCCAUCGUCCUUGAGAAGUUGGAGAAACCCUACCUGGUGAAGCACCCCGAGUCCCGGGUGCGAGAGGCCGGCCAGAACGUGACCUUCUGCUGCAAAGCUGCGGGCAGCCCCAGGCCCAAGAAAUACUCCUGGUUCCACAAUGGGACGCUGCUGGACGGGGGCAAACGUGGGGCUGGGGCCGUCCUGGAGCUGCGGGGACUGCGCCCCGACCAGGCCGGUGUCUACCAUUGCAAGGUGUGGGACGGCGCGGGCGCCGUGCGCUCAGGGGACGCCCAGCUCACCGUGCUUGACCCCGGCCGUCUGGCCUGCGACCCCGAGCCCCGUGAGCACCUGGUGCGGCUCCCCGAGGACUGCGGGCGCCCGGGCGCUGGGCCCACCUUCCUGGACGUGGGGCUGUGCCCCGACAGCCGCUGCCCCGGGCCCGCAGGCUGGGGCGCCCGGUGUGGGGACCCCGGCUCGCGCUGCUGCUCCGUGCGCCGCCUGGAGAGCCGGGAGGUCCGCUGCUCCGGCUACGUCCUCCCGGUCAAGGUGGUGGCCGAGUGCGGCUGCCGGAAGUGCUUCCCGUCCCGGGGCCUGGUCCGCGGCCGCCUGCUGGCUGCCGACUCAGGGGAGCCCCUGCGCUUCACCCGCAUCCUGCUGGGCCCCGAGACUGUCGGCUUCACCUCCUUCCAGGGAGACUUCAACCUCGAGGUGCCGCCGGCCACCGAGCGGCUGGUGGUGACCUUCGUGGACCCGAGCGGCCGGUUCGCGGAUGCCGUCAGGGUCCUGCCCUUCGACCCUCGGGGCGCCGGCGUGUACCACGAGGUCAGGGCCAUGCGGAAGAAGGAUCCGGUCAUCCUGGAUGCCCGUCGGGUGAACUCGGUCCCGCUCGGCGAGCUGGCGGACGGGGCCCCCCUGGGCGAGCUCGUCUUCCCUUCCAGAACAUUCCGCCGGACCGACGGCCGGCCCUACACGGGGGCCGUGGAGGCCCGGGUGACCUUCGUGGACCCACGCAACCUCACCUCGGCCGCCUCUGCCCCCAGCGACCUGCGCUUCGUGGACGCCGACGGCGAGCUGGCCCUGCUGCGCACCUACGGAAUGUUCUGGGUGGACUUGCGUGCGGCCGGCUCCGGGGAGCCGCUGUGGACGGGGCCGGUGGCCGUGCGCGUGGCUGCCAGCCAGAUCCCCAUGGCGGGCCACGCCGAGGCCCUCCAGCUGUGGUCGCUGAACCCCACGUCGGGGCUGUGGGAGCAGGAGAGCGGCUUUCAGUGGGAGGCGGCCGCCGGCCCCCGCGUGCGCCGGGAGGAGCGCGUCUUCCUGGCCGGCAACCUGGAGGUCCGCGAGCGGCGCCUCUUCAACCUGGACGUGCCCGAGCGCCGGCGCUGCUUCGUGAAGGUGCGCGCCUACGCCAAUGACAAGUUCGCCCCCGACGAGCAGGUGGAGGGUGUGGUGGUCACUCUCGUCAACCUGGAGCCCCUGCCCGGCUUCCCCGCCAACCCGCGCGCCUGGGGACGCUUCGACAGCGCCGUCACCGGCCCCAACGGCGCCUGCCUCCCCGCUUUCUGCGACGCCGACCGGCCGGACGCCUACACGGCCCUGGUGACGGCCACACUGGGCGGAGAGGAGCUGGAACCGGCCCCGUCCCGGCCCCGGCCGCUCCCAGCCACCGUGGGCGUCCCCCAGCCCUACCUGGGCCGGCUGGGCUACCGCCGCACCGACCACGACGACCCGGCCCUCAAGCGCCACGGCUUCCACAUCCAGCUGGCCAAACCGAGGCCCGGCCACCCCGCCGAGGCCAACGGGCCCGUGUACCCGUGGCGCAGCCUGCACGAGUGCCGGGAGGCCCCCGUGACCGCCGGCCACUUCCGCUUCGCCCGCGUGGAGACGGACCGCUACGAGUUCAACGUGGUGCCCUUCCGCGAGGACGCGCCUGCCUCCUGGACGGGCGACUUCCUGGCCUGGUGGCCGAACCCCCAGGAGUUCCGGGCCUGCUUCCUCAAGGUGAAGAUCCAGGGCCCCCAGGAGUACAUGGUGCGCUCGCGGAACGCGGGGGGCAGCCACCCCCGCACCCGGGGCCAGCUGUACGGGCUGCGCGACGCCCGCAGCGUGCGGGACCCCGAGAGGCCGGGCGUGUCGGCCGCCUGCGUGGAGUUCAAGUGCAGCGGCAUGCUGUUCGACCAGCGGCAGCCGGACCGCACGCUGGUGACCGUCACCCCGCAGGGCAGCUGCCGCCGCGUGGCAGUCACCGGGCUGCUGCAGGACUACCUCGCCCGGCACCCCCCGGCCGCGCCGGCCGACGACCCGGCCGCCUUCGCCAUGCUGGCCCCGCUCGACCCCCUGGGGCACAACUACGGCGUCUACACGGUCACCGACCAGAGCCCGCGGCUGGCCAAGGAGAUCGCCAUCGGCCGCUGCCUGGACGGCUCUUCCGACGGCUUCUCGCGCGAGAUGAAGGCCGAGGCGGGCACGGCUGUCACCUUCCAGUGUGGGGAGCCGCCAGCCGACCGGCCCAGUCUCUUCCAGAGGCUGCUGCAGUCGCCGGGGGCCGCGCUGGGCGACAUCCGCCGGGAGAUGGGCACGGUGGCCAGGGAGCAGGCUCGUGGCCAGGGGGUCUCCCGUGCCCGCCGGGGCAGGGCCCGCCCGUGACCCCCCCAGCCGCUGCCCCCGCGCUCUCCGGGGUCCUCAUAUCCUCACCCCGAAUCUCCCCCGUCCCCGGGAUUCUGCCCAGGGCCCCGUCCCCUCACCCCUUCCUGGAAUUCACUCACAAAAAGAGUGACCCCAGGAGGGUCCGUCACGAGGUGGCGGUUUUGUCCUGACCCUACACCCAGGAGCCAAGGGAAUUGCCCGUCCCCAGCUCAAGGUGGCCUUGACGUCUGUUACUUUCACCCCGACUUUGGAGAUUCUGCCCCUUGGGGGUUCAGGUUGUGCCCACCGAGCCCCCUUGUGCCUGUUGCUGAGCUUGGCACUUCCUCACCAACCCCUGUCCCCCAAUCUUUGUCCUCGGGGUUAUUUAUUGAAGCAAAUCAGCAGGCCGGCUGGUGGUGGAUGAAGAUGUCAGCCCAGUUACGAUCCGGGAAGGGGCUUCUCGGGGUUCCCCUGUACACCUCAGCCGGGCUGGGGGAGGCUCUGGGAAUGGGGGUGCAGUUCUCGUGAGGUGGGUGCAUAGAGACCCCACCCCAGCCCAGCCCCCAUCAGCCAAGGAGCCGGGUCGGGGGCCAUGCUUCUCGUGCUCGAUUAAAAACGCUUUG